AUGCCAAUCCGUGAUGUCCGUACGCGCUGGAAUUCAACCCAUGCAAUGAUGGGGCGUGCACUCACACUGAAGAAUGCUAUUGACGUCUGGGUCUUUCAGUACGAAGAUCUACGCCCACUGCUUCUGUCAAAAUCCGAGUGGGAGAUGGUUAACAGCUUGCACUGCUUACUCGAGGUAUGCACAUUCCAGUUAUACUAG